GUUUGUAAAGUAGUACUUUGAAAACUAAUUAGAAAAGCAAUACAUAUCAAAACGGCUUGUUGUAAAUGUAUUAUUAUUAUUAUUCAAUAGUAUUAAUAUUGUACUCCCUCUGUCAAUAAUCUUUUAUGAUUGGAGAUUUAUUUGUAUUGUAGCCCGUCAGUUUCAAAAUGUGUUACUAGUCACAAAACCAAUAAGUCUUACCUUGUUUAGUAAUCAAGCUGGAGAAGGGCACCAAACUCGAUUAAAUCAAUACGGAUUAUAUAAACGUUUGACGCUACACAAAACAUGGAUUUCAAAACUCCAGUCAGAGCUCCACACUUAAGGAAAUCCAUCAGUCAUUCAAGCCCACGUGUCUCAAUACCACCAUCACCAUUUAUGAAGAAACUAGGAUAUGGAACUGGUAUCAAUGUUUACCUUUUGCCAAAUGACAGGACUCCCUCUACACCUAGCAGAGUGCUGUCUCCUUGGGCUGUCAAGAAGAUAAACAGGAGUUGUGCCUCUGAACAUUUAUCAACGUAUGAAGAGAGACUGCAGACUGAGGCAAAAAUUCUCAAAUCCCUGUGUCAUCCUAAUAUUGUUGGAUACAGAGGUACCUCAAGGGCAAAGGAUGGAACACUGUGUCUAUGUAUGGAAAGUAGUGAAAGAUCUCUACAAGCUCUGAUUGAACAGAGGCAGGAGGAAGCUAAAGGUCCAUUCCCUGUUGACCAGAUUAUUAAGGUGGCCAGCAAUGUUGCUUCUGCAUUAGAGUACCUGCACAAUGAGAAGAAACUCCUCCAUGGAGAUUUGAAAAGUGGCAAUAUCCUUGUUAAGGGCAACUUUGAUGAAGUAAAGCUGUGCGACUUUGGUGUCUCUGUUGAACUGAAUGAUACUCUUCAAGGGCUAAAGAAUCCGGAAGACUGGUAUAUUGGAACAGAACCUUGGACAGCAAAAGAAGCAUUAGAUCCAGAUUUUGAUGAAGACUGCAGACCAAAAGUUUCCCUCAGUGACAAAACUGACAUUUAUGCCUUUGGCUGUGUGAUCUACGAGAUGCUGUCUCUAUGUACACCUCACAGUGAGUUUUUUGAUAUGGAUGAACCUGAAGAUUCAGAGGAAGAAUCAUUAGCCUUUGAUGAAGAUGCAUAUAGAGAAUCUCUUGGCACUAUACCUCUCCUACCACCUCAUUUAGUGUACAGUGCCAGUCAUAAGCCCAUGAUAGAGUUGUUCUGCAUCUGCUGUAGUGAGGACCCAAAUCAGAGGCCAUCUGCUAAAGACAUAUCAGCUGCUCUGCAGGACAAAGAGAACUUAAAGCCAACUUGUCAGAAGUUAUUCUGAGAGGUUGAAUUUUUUGUUUUUAUGUUAUCUCUUUUAAAGUAUUGUAAGAACCAUAUUUACAUUGGCAAUGGUUGCCUUUUAUUAGUGACUUUUGAUAGGGAAAAGGUUAGAUUCACUUUGUGUAUAUAAUUCUCAAAUCAGCUGGCAGGCACUGUUAAUUUAACUGAUAAAGUGCCAAAUGAUAAUUUCUGCUUUAUGCUUCAAUGUUGUACAUUUUGUUUCUUAAUUUAUGAAAAUGUUUUGGAUGUAAUAUGUGAAUGCUUUAUUGUGUAGUAACAUGAUAACUAACUAUCAGAAAAGUAGGAAGUAUUUUGUACAUGUAUG